AUGGCGGCGCUGAGCUUGGAGGAGAAGGCGUGGUGCGACCAGCGCGAGAAGGACCUGCGCGAGUACAGCGCGCUGGGUGCUGCUGGCGGCGCCAUUGUGAGCUCCAGCGUCACGUUUGUGGGCCGCUUCCCGCGCCCGUACCAGAUUGCGACGAUCCUCGGGUCUGCUGUCAUUGGCAGCAUCUCGGGCUACCUCUACGCAGACAACAAGGCGCUCGAGCGCAUCAACGAUCUCAGUGCGACCUCGGAGCUCCGCAAGCAGUUCCGCAAGCUGCAGCACGCCAAGCAGGCAGGCAAAGAGUAA